AUGGCAUGCCCUAUAUGUGAAAAAGAUACAUGCUACCAUCAAUUAGAGAAAGGAAAAAAGACUGUUUACCUUGGACACCGAAGAUUUCUUAAUCAUAAUCACCCAUAUCGAAGAUUGAAAAAGGCUUUUAAUGGAUAUCAGGAGUAUAAAGUUGCCCCAAAGGCCUUAACUGGAGAAGAAGUCUAUCAUCGGGUGAGGAACAUAAGUGUUAGUUUUGGAAAAAAACAAAAAAAGAUUACAAGUAAUAAUAUAUGGAAGAAGAGUUCAGUGUUCUUUGACCUUCCAUAUUGGUCCAGUCUUGAUGUAAGACAUUGUAUUGAUGUAAUGCAUGUGGAAAAAAAUGUGUGUGAUAGUGUAAUCGGAACACUUCUUAAUAUUCAAGGUAAGACCAAAGAUGGUUUAAAUUCUCGUUUAGAUAUGGUUAAGAUGAAAAUAAGAGAGGAGUUAGCUCCUCAACCAAGAGGUAACAAAACCUAUUUGCCACCGGCGUGUCAUACAUUGUCAAAAGAAGAGAAAAGAAAAUUUUGCCAGUGUCUACAAGGUGUGAAAGUGCCAAAUGGAUACUCCUCAAAUGUCAAAAGUCUCGUGUCAAUACAAGAUCUCAAACUAAUUGGUUUAAAAUCUCACGAUUGCCACAUUUUGAUGCAACAACUACUACCUGUGGCUAUUCGUGGCAUCUUGCCAAAAAAUGUCCGACAUGCCAUAACUAGAUUGUGCUUAUUCUUUAAUGAUAUUUGUAACAAAGUGAUUGACCCUGAUAAAUUGGACGAGAUGGAAAACGAGUCAAUUAUUAUCUUGUGUCAGUUGGAGAUGUUUUUUCCUCCUUCAUUUUUUGACAUCAUGGUUCACUUGAUUGUUCAUCUAGUUAGAGAGAUUAGAUUGUGUGGUCAUGUUUAUUUAAGGUGGAUGUAUCCUUUUGAACGAUACAUGAAGAUAUUGAAAGGCUAUGUGAAGAAUUAUUAUCGUCCUGAAGCAUCUAUUGUUGAAAGGUACAUCACAGAAGAAGCCAUUGAAUUUUGUACAGACUAUUUGUCAGAUGCAAAACUUGUAGGACUACCCAAGUCUCGUCAUGAUGGAAGAUGUGACGGUAAGGGUACACGUCUAAAGGUUAAGCAUAUGGGCGAAGGGGAAGUUUUUCAAGCACAUUUGUAUAUAUUGAAUAACACUGACGAGGUUCAUCCAUACUUGAGUACACAUCAAACCAUUGUCAAAGCUAAAAACCCUCGUAUGACUGAAAAAUGGGUGUUGAAAGAGCAUAACAGAACAUUCUCAAAAUGGUUUAAAACCAAGAUUAUGAAUGAUGAUAAUGCUUCUGAUACAUUAAAGUUUCUAGCAUACGAGCCUAGCUUUAAUGUUUUAUGUUGGAGUGGGUACGAUAUAAAUAAGUUUUCUUUUUGUACAAAAUCACAGGAUGACAAGAGUACCAUGCAAAAUAGUGGGGUAAUGAUAACAGCUUCUUCAAUGCACUUUUCUAGUUCAAAGGAUAAAAACCCUGUCUUGGCAUCCACAACUUACUUUGGCGUUAUAGAAGAGAUAUGGGAGCUCAAUUAUGUUAAGUUUAAAGUUCCUAUUUUUAAAUGUAAAUGGGUUAAUAGUAACAAUGGUGUGCAAACUGAUGAAUUAGGAUUUACAUUGGUGGACCUUGAUAAGGUAGGAUAUAAGGAUGAACCUUUUAUCAUGGCAGCUCAAGCAGUACAAGUAUUUUAUGUAAAGGAUCCCUCGAACACUAGGUGGUCUGUUGUCCUCCAAAGAAGAAACAUGAAUUAUAGUGAUGAAAAUGAAGAUUCAACUCUAGACAUUGAUCACAAUACUUCUUUUUCAACACAAAGGCCUUAUUUUAAUGAUGAAAAUGAAGUUGAUGAUGUUUAUGCCAUUCGUUAUGAUCAUCAAGAAGGGAUUUUGGAGGAUAAUAACAAAUAA